GUGGGAUUGCACAUCUGGGUCACCAAUUCGGCACUUUGUGCCUCAACCCGGCAAUCAAAAAGAUCAUACAAGAUGGGAUUGCAGAACAUCUUUAGCAAAUAGAUGGAUUGCAAAUUCGGCACUUUGUGCCUCAUCCGGCAAUCAAGAAAUGGCAAAUGAGAGGGAAGCAACUAUGUGA